AUGCACCUCCAAAUUCCUCUCCUCCUCGCAACGACUCUCACAGCUUUGACCGCCGCCCUCCCACUCCUCUCGCCACGCGAUCAAUCUGUCUCCAUCGGCGGCAACGGCAUCGACUACGGCAACAACGGUCAACGUGGCCAUGUCGGGUACGGUGGCAAUGGUGGCAUCUACUACAACGGCGGCCGCGGCAGCGGUGCAGUAGCCAAUGACCCAACGUAUAGCCGCGGCAAUGGCCAUCAUAUUUCGAAUGAAGACGAUGACCCUUAUAAGAAUUUUCCGUAUCGGGGAAACAACGGUAUUGGGGAAAUCAUUCGGUAUCAUGGUGGGCGGGAUGCUUAUAAUGUCGUUAUGCUGGGGUCUGUUGAGCGGGUAGGUAUGGAGGGUUAUGGGAUUGGUGGAUGA